GAAACAACAACAACACACACACACACAGAAACACACACCUCUAUCAAGGCUGGUCAAGGAUCAUAGGCCUACUUAAAACUCUAGUCAUGAACAAAUGGGAAUAUCUCUUGUGUCUAAAUGUGCUUUCAUGUCUAUUGGAUGCAGUGAUGUCGGCUGGAAGUCAAGACAACACGAGCCACAACUCUGCCUUCACUUGGCCGGCUGUUGCCUUUUUUGUAGUUCUCUUCCUUGACUUGGUUGUUAUCGUGGUACUGAUACUGGUGCUAAAGUACAAGAAAUCUCACGCCACCAACAACACCUACGUUCCAGUACUAAACAGAUCCAAUGGCGAUAAAGAGGACUUUGUGUAUCUAAACAUUCAGAGUGAUGACAGCAGUACUGAACAAAACGCACACCAGGAUGGAUACAAGCCAGUUGCUCAAACAGAACAAGACAAUCCAUAGGAAAAGAGACUGUUAAACCUUUAGAAAAUACUUUUUUUUCUUUUUUAAACACUAAAAAAAAGUUAAAUUUCUUUUGGGAUAAAACUAAACAACUUUCUUUUAAGAUUUAGAUUACUUGAAAUUCUAUUUCCAAUUGGUUUAUAUCUUUUUUUCUCUAUAAAUCUAUUUGUAAACUUAUAAAUCACGAGACAUGAUCUAUACACUUUUAAUAUGUAAGGAUUGGCUUUGUAUAGUGUCUAAAUAAAGUACAUAAGUUAUUGAUAUUGUUAUAUUAUUGUUUAAUAUUAUAUUUUUUUUUGUAAAGUCAGUCAUAUUUAAAAAAAAAAUCAUUUAUAUUAUGUACAUGUAUUAUUUUUCUAUGAUUCCAUUGAAACAUUUUGUUUUUUAGUUUUUUGUAGACUAAAUGAGAUUUAUCUAGAUUCUCUCAAACACGGUCACAAAUUAUAAAUGAAACAGUUAUUAUUAUGCCAAUCAACUUCAGAGAGCAAUUUCACACAUUUUGAAGUUGGAAGAGUAUGUAGUUAGUUAAAAUGUUUUUUUCUAUAGUUCACCUUUUUACAAGUUCUAGAUAUAGUGUAGUGGGAUUAUCUUUAGACUUGAAACAGUUCUUAGAAAUAUAAUAUUUAAUUGAUUGCAUCCUGGUUUUUGAUGUUUAGAAUAAAAUUAUUAAAUGUUACAUUUUAUUUUAAAUAAACCUUUGACCCACAAGCUUAUAUAUAGUAUAUUAUAUUAUAUUGUAUAGUAUAUUAUAUAUAGAAGCAGCCUAACAUGCAGUAUUAGUAAAAGUCCCGAACUCUUGACUACUUGAAUGUGUUCAAUAUCAAACGCCCAUUUCCUUCACUGUACUGCAAGUUUUAUACACGAUUUUGUUGUAUGAUAAAUGUAUUGUUAAAACAUAUUUGUAUAUAGAUGUACCAGUAUGCGUGAGAAACGUUUUGUAUUGACUUGUUGUUAAAUGUACCGUCCGCUUAUUAUUGUGCAUGUUAAUAAAGGAACAUUUUUUUUUAAAGCAGA